UAAGCGAACGGCUCUCAACAGCCACGAAUGUGUUUUUCGUUCUUCGGUUCCCGCGCAUUCAAUAUACAUAAGUAUAUAUGUACUCGAGACUGAUCCGAAAGAAACAUAAUCGAGACGCUGUCGGAAAUCCGCAUCGUAACAUCAUCGUAACGUACAAUCGCGACACACACGUAUAUUACCCGGUUCAACAAGAGUUCAUUGACGCAAAAAUCAGUUAAUUCGGUUUAAAAUCAUCAUUCGGUCCAACAUUUCGGUUCUUCAACCUUUCGUUUCCCGCAACUGUGGCUUUAACAAUUCAAACUGGAUUCCAACAAGCAGUACGUGUCGCGAUUACAUCGCGGCUACCGGAGGCUUAAAAAAUUAUUCAAGCGUGUGGCGAACCAGGCGCUUACCGUUUCGCCACAGCCGGCAGUAACGGUGGAGGGGCCGGUGUCCAAAAUGUCUCCACCAACGAACGACGUGACCAACGGUGUGGUUGCGCCGCCUAACACCCUGGCGCCCCGGGUUUCGCCGACCGCGAACCCGGCACUUACCACCAACAACCCACCGACGCAUAAACGUACUCCCAACGACUUCAUUUUUGGAAAGGUGAUCGGCGAGGGAAGCUUCUCCACCGUUUACCUUGCCAAGGAUAUCCAUACCGGGAAGGAGUACGCGAUCAAGGUGUGCGACAAACGUCACAUCAUCAAGGAGAAGAAGACCGAGUACGUGAAACGAGAGAAGGAGGUAUUGAAUAUGCUGGCGGACGCGAAACACUCGUUUGUGCGUCUGUUCUGCACCUUCCAAGACGUAGAGAGAUUGUACUUCGUCCUGUCGUACGCGAAGAACGGUGAGCUCCAGCCUUAUAUAAAGAAGGUUGGCUCGUUUGACAUCGAGUGCACCAGGUUCUACUCGGCGGAGAUCCUCCGCGCCCUCGAGUACCUGCACGGGCUCGGCAUCAUCCAUCGGGAUCUCAAGCCGGAGAACAUACUACUGGACGAGAAGAUGCACGUGCUCAUCACCGACUUCGGCAGCGCGAAGAUCCUUAAAGACCCGGAAACGACGGUGACGCACGGCACCAACGUGACGGACGACUCGCAACAACAACAGAAUCCGCAGCAAACAUACCGAAGGGAGCGCAGGGGUUCGUUCGUGGGUACCGCCCAAUACGUAUCGCCGGAGCUCCUUACCGACAAAACCAGCAGAGCGUCCGAUCUCUGGGCCCUUGGUUGCAUAAUCUAUGAGAUGGUCGCCGGUCUGCCACCGUUCCGUUCCAGGAGCGAGUACAUGAUAUUCCAAAAAAUCCUGAAGCUCGAAUACGAGAUUCCGGACGGGUUUUGCGAGCUGGCGAGGUCCCUCGUCAGCCAGCUGUUGGUACUCGACCCAUCGCAGCGAUUAGGCGCGCAGGACGAACACGGCGCCGGUUACCCGAGCAUCAGGGCGCACCCGUUCUUCGCGGGCGUCGACUUCGAGACCCUUCACGAACAGACGCCACCACCGAUUUAUCCCUACCUGCCCGGUACAUCGGAGAACGAGGAGCUCAGGUCGCAGUACAGGAUUCCCGAUCAUCUGGAGCCUGGUCUCGACGACAAGCAGCUCACGAGGCUACUUGGCCUGGGCAUCGGAGAGGAUGACGACGACGACGACGACGACGAGGUGAACACCACCCCCGAAGACCAGAAGAAACCCGCGCAGACCAGUGCUGUCGUCGAGAAGCCCAGGAGAACGAGAACAAACACCGCACCCGACGUCAAGAAUAUCGCCGAUUUGAUGCCGGAGGAGAUCAAGACUCGACUUGAGAAGCAACACGCCUCGAAUCAGUGGGAUGUCUUCGUCGAAGGCAACCUGAUACUGAAGCAGGGGUUCAUCAACAAGAGGAAGGGUCUCUUCGCGAGGCGAAGGAUGCUACUACUCACCACCGGACCACACCUGUAUUACGUCGAUCCUGUGAACAUGGUGCUCAAGGGCGAGAUACCCUGGGGCCCGGAACUUAGGGUCGAACCGAAGAGUUUCAAGAUCUUCUUCAUUCACACGCCAAACAGAACAUACUAUCUCGAAGACCCCGAGGGUUUCGCGUUGGAGUGGUGUAGAGCGAUCGAGGACGUGCGAGUCGUCUAUUACAACUUGCAAGAGUCCGCCGCUUAAAACAGAAGACUGAUGAACACGGAGACUGUUUUCGCAUGGGACAGAGCAGAGAGAGGUGUGUUUCAUCGAUGACGGUAAACAAAUGUCCGCGAGGUGCGAUCACACCGAUGUAUUAUUAUAAUCAUGUUCGUGGCCAGAUGAGGCGAUUAUAUCGUAAAUCGUUUGUUAGCGUGUAACUCAUUAGGAUAGAUUAGCGUUCUUCUAGUGUACGCCUACGGAGCGUUAUUUGUACAGUUUUAGGACAAAUUUUCUAGGUAAAAAUUUAAAGUGUUUAUACAUAUAUAUAUAACUCUCUUGACGAAAGGGAGACGAGGACAAGAAAAACGAACGUGUCGAGAAUCGUGCAGUCACCGUUUUUCACCGAUUACGUUUUUUUUUUGCUAUUUAUUGUGUCGAAACCAUGGAUUUACCUUGGAGUGGCUGCACGACUCAUUUUCGAGAACAAACAAAGGGAAUAGCGAAAUUUUUAGCCAAGGCUUUGAGCUGUGCGGUAUUCACAGCGUCACGCGCCGCCCGUGACGUAACGCGCCCGUGAACGAGGUCGCCUGUCGAUUCCGCUGCUUUCGACAUGGAGAAAGGGGGAUAACUUGUUCCUCCGGGCGAAUUUCGUUGUUCGCAAUUCGUGACACGUAAUCGGGACAUCGUGAUCCAAAAUUUCGACGGAUUAAGUCGACGCUUCGUUGCUCUUCGGGGGUGAGGGUGGGGAGAAAAAAAUAGUACCUGUUUGACGAUGAAGGGAGGGUGGGAAGCGUCGAUUUAAAGCGCGGGUCGAAGUCGCGAUCGACGAACAUUGGCGGUGCUUAGUAAUUUUCUUUCGUUCGUAGUAAAGAUUCGUGAAAACUGUGAAUAAAUUUUGUUAGGAGCGGCGAUCGAUCGCGCUGACGGCCUCGCUUCGUCGAUUCUAGGGCGUCAAUUUAACAUAUAGUCGAAGUUAACCAAAAAGAAAAUUAAUAAAAAUGCGGUGGGGGACAACAUUACGCGGCUUCGCAGCUUUAAUGAACUGUUUACGUUACCUGAAAGGGGUGCACGAAAUUUUGCGCGUUGUUUCGUCGUACCCCUUAUUCUCUUCAUAUUACAGUAUUCUUCUCGUUGUUCGUUACCCCUUUCCCUUCUUGGUACGUUGUAAAUAUUAGCACGAUUUCACGGAGUUCGGGCUUCGUAAAGCAUUACACCGUUGUAUAAAUUGUUCUAUAUAUGUGCAUGCAUAUAUAUAUAUACAUAUAUAUAUAUAUUUGUAAGUACAAAAUCGUUGUCCGACCACGGCGUUUUUCCUGUUCGCCUUUUAAACCCGAUUCUCUUUAUCGUCGAUCUGGACCUCGCGGACAUCGAUCUAGCAAUGUAUAGCCGGAAACUGAAGAGACGGAACUGUUCAGAACUUAAUCGAAGGAAACUAAUGUUUAGUGAUCGUUAAGAGAGAGAAGAAUUAGCAUUCGUUUGUACAAAAGAGAGAUAGCGAUGGGUAUAUCGGAAGAAUAUAUUACUUCUUCCAGCGCAAGAUUUGACUGAGUGUGACCCUAUGAUUUAAAUAGGUAAUUAGUAGAAUUGUUUAAAGAAAAUGAUAGGUUUAAGAUGGAAGUAGUGAACCGUUUAGACUUGCGAGAAUCAUACACAACAGAAAACAGAUACACCUUCACCACCACACUUGUUGCGUUCGUAGUUAUUGUUUAUCGUUCUUCGCUAUUUACUCAAACUUUCUAGAGUUUAGUAACGCUGCUACACGAUUACCGUUUUAACCGUUUCACGUAAAAGUAUUUUUCCCCCUCUCGUAACUUCGUCGACGUUAUUUAAGCAACGAUAUUUUUGUUUUCUCUGUUUUCUUUUUUCGAGCGUCGAUGCUCUCCUAAUUUAUUAUUACGUAUCGUACGUUUGUCUCGUCGUUUAUUUAUUUAUUUUUUAUUUGCUUUUUUUGCGUAUUCGCGCGUUUAGUAUCAAUCACACGCCUCGAUUUUGCGUAAACGUUCACAACACAGACUUUAGUACUCUGCUAUAUGCUACCACCACUGCGAUUAUUAUUAUUAUUAGUACUACUACUAUUACUAUUGCUAUAUCUAUUAAUAUUUACUAUUCUAGCGUCGUUAAUUGCGUGCGUAGGUAUCACGCGUACACGUGCGUACGCGCUUGUUUAUAAUGCGUUCAAAUAACUUAUAUUAUUUCUAUCGUCUUUAGGCAUUAACAUUUAGGUAAAAGUCUGUAAAUACUGCCGCGUUUAUCGAGAACCCACCGAAACGCUAUUUAUUCAGCGGCGAUCGGAUCGCGGCCUGAACUUGUACGAUAGACCACCUGUAUAUUACCUAUACAUAAAUAUUCUAUAUAUACAUAUAAAUAUUAUAUAUAUAAAAGGGUAUAUAUAUACACACGGAAAUAGACGAGUACGGUUAUAUAAGAUAUUUAUGAAUUUGUGAAUAGUAGUUAGCAGAAAUCUCGUGUAUAAACAUUCGUUCGUAGGUUUUAGGAUGAACCAAGCGCGCUUAGGUUUAAUAAGUAUUUUUGUUGAAACGUUACCUCCGCCGCGAUCCGAUCGCCCGCAGAAGAGUUGUUCGUUCGCGCGUCAUUGUAUUAUAAAUUCGCAGACUCCAUGGCCCCUCGCGUACCUUCUCGCGAUGAACUUAGGCGACUUAAACAGGGUAUUCGACGGAAGAUGCCGGCGACCGGGGGUGGUUUUGAUCGCGGUGCCUACGAAUGCCGCACGAGUAUGCUCGAAAUAAUGGUGGUCCGUUUACGGGCCGGCAUUGUCCUUGCGCCCAGCGGUAUUCCAAAAUGACCGCUUUUGUGUGCCGCGUACGGUGCUUGCGGGCGAAAAUGGGGCGCUCAGGCACCGCGAGCUCAAUCACUCCUGUUCCCGGUUUUCUCCUCUUCAAACUAGUGAGAAAUCGAUCGCGAGAAGGUAUAUUCGAAUAGUUGUUGAUCCUCUAUCUCCCCGGUAUCAAGCCUCCCACUUCACGGGAAAUAGCGUCUCGGUGGCGUUAGAUAAAUUGAAGCGUGAACACAGCCUUUCUGCGAAAAGGAAGCACGUAUCCAAGAGCGUACCCAAAAAUUUCAGAGGCGGCUAAACACGUUUAUCGCUUAACCGCAGAAAUAAAGCCGCCUCGAUCGUUCACGGUUAAGUCCGAUAUCAAAGUUCCUCGCUGCUCCGACGAUCUUGCUUCCCUUUUAACGAGGAAAGAGUGUGUUUAAAAUAAAGAACCGACCGUUUCACCGACCGAGGGAAAACCGUUUUUAAUCGCCUGGUCGGUGACACGGUGCGCGCGGAGCACCGUCGUUUCCACAGUCGUAAACUUUGCACGCUCUACGUUUUAUGCAGACGUUGCAAACUUUCAGGUGGAAACGCACGUGCCUCUUUUCCUGAGCGGUCGACGGCACCCGUCGACGAGGAAAGAUGGUCGAUGUUAUCAAAAAUAUAGUUUUCCGUCGUUUUUUGGAGACUGGUCUUGAGAUUCCUAAUUCCCUGAGGGGUAACGUCUUACCUCGUUUUGUAUUAUAGUUCACUUAAAAUUCUAGCCGAACUUAAAGAAAAAUCUCUAGCGUACUUUGUUGAAUGCGCGUCCGACGCGAAAGAUUAUAUAUGUAGCUAAUUUAAUUUAUACGCUCGCGCGAGGGAAGAAUACUUAAAUGAAGAAUAUGAGACAAGCGAAGAUGCAUAUAAAAAAGAAAUAUAGAAAAUUAUAGAAACCACGCAAGCAAUAACAGUAAGGCCUUGCGAUUAAACAAAUGCCUACCGUUUCGGCGUAACAAGGGCGGUUCAACUAUUAAUUGCAGUAUUACUAAAUGUAUACAGGACUAAAAACUACACACUUAUCUACACAAGCCAACAUCUACACACGAAAAACGAUUUACUUAUACACACCGGAUACUUCACAUCGGAUAAGACUUUGUAAAUAGUUAGCACGUAAUUGAUAUUACAUAGGCGACAAGACCUAUUAAUAUUAACAUCAAAUUUAUUUAUAGUAAAUUUUCCGAAAUAUACCGUAUAUCUUUGUGUUAUCAA